GCUGGUUUUAACAGUGGCGUUGCUUAUACUCCUCCGAAGAAAAAGGUACUUCAAGCCCUAGCUUUUCCAGUUUUGGGAAAAGUCUGUUAUGCGAUACCGCAUUAAAUGAUUUACUGAUUUCAACGUAAACAACGCGAGCUGGUUUCCUAUUAUUGAACGAAUCGGUUCAUCACUCUCUUGCUAUAAUGAGAAACAGUAUAACAUCCAAUAAACUACAAAAUGAAAGUUGAUGAUGUUGAACAAGAUUGGUUGUUUUAUCUUGCCCAACCAAAUAAAUUAUUAUCGGAUAUUGAGGGUCUAACUAUAUCACAUCAGUUGGAGUUGCUUAAACAAUCCUUAUCACAGGCUGAAAUAAGUGAAAGAAAAACUAGUCUCACUAAUUGUGAAAAUAAUUCAGUGGACAACUUCAUCGGAGAAAAUGAAACUAUGAAUCCUGAUGACAUAUUUGUCGAGUCGUCUAGGUUAUUCAAAAAGUCAAAAGUUUUGGAUAUAAUGUCCUUACAGAUUGCUGCUAAUCUAAAAUUCAAUCUAAAUCUUUUUCGAGUCAUAUCAGAAAUGCCCAUUAAGCUUCUUGCACGUCUCUAUAGAGUGCUCGUCAUGAGUACUUCAAAAUUUUCAUCAGUUUUACAACCUCUGUUUGAAAAUGCGAUAAAUAAAGAAAAUAUUUUCAUUAUAAAUCCUUACGGAUACUAUAGAUGGUCUCAGUUAAAUCCUAUGACAAUUUAUGGUUUAAUGUCUUACCAUAUAUGGUGCCUUCAUGUAUCUCAUACAUCCAGUAUGCUGCCACAUCCCUUUCGAAAUCUUACUCCUAUUGUUUCUGGUUUAACUGAAAUUCCUGAGGUGGCGUUUUUUGCGGAUAAUCGCGUGGAAGUUGGCGUUGUUCUCACUCGCAUACAAGAGUCUGUAAAUCAGCUAAACGAAAUCAACAGUCUUUUGGAUGAUCUCAACAUAGCUAGACCUCUUCCUUCAGUGUUUUCAGCGCUGAAUUCCAUGUUUCCUACAGUUUUUGAACCAAAGAUUAAGUCUGCUCAGGAUGAUCAGAACCAUAACGGUCUAUCAGAUUUUGUUCUUAAUAACUCUAUACCUCUCUCUAAAAGCUAUCUUUCUGCAUCGCUUAACUUUGUACUCGGAAGGUAUGCCUUUCAGCAGCAACAGUUUACUCAAUCACAGAAACUUUUUCAAAUCGCUUACGAUGAAAUGCAAGAUCAAAAGGUAUUUUACAUUUAUGUAGUUAUUCGGUGAAUGACUUUAU